CACUGCGCCCGGUUUUCAUUGUUCGUUCAUGCCUUCGUGAUUUCUUUGGAGUACCUACUUCUACAGAUCACGAGGAAACCAAGAUAAGUUUUCUGUUUCAAAAGUGCUUUUAAGUUUCUAAAAACAUGGCUUUACACGUACCGAAGGCUCCUGGGGUACCCCAGAUGUUAAAAGAAGGCGCACGGGUAAGUUUAUCAAUACAUAACCAACAAUUUCAUUUCGCCCACUCCGGGCCUUCAUAUGUUUUAAAUUCCUAUUAUAACUUUAUUAUUUUUUAAUAAAACAGUUCAAUUUUUUGUAAAACGUAGCGUUUGGUGCCAAAACUAUAUGAUAUUGUUUAAAAAACUUCGAGUUUAACUCAAAUUUCAAUUUUUGUACAUCAACAAAUUCUAGCUAGAAAUUUCUUAAAAGUUCAAAGUAUAUUAAAAGAAACGAAAGUGAUGUUCUCUGGCUUAGAAGAGGCAGUCUACCGUAACAUAAAUGCCUGUAAACAAUUCGCCCAAAGUGUACGCUCCGCCUAUGGUCCUAAUGGAAUGAACAAAAUGAUUAUCAACCACAUUGAUAAACAAUUUGUGACAAGUGAUGCUGGUACCAUCAUUAGAGAACUGGAUGUAGAACACCCAGCUGCAAAACUUAUGGUUUUAGCCAGUCAGAUGCAGGACUCUGAAGUUGGUGAUGGAACUAACUUUGUUAUAGUCUUUUCUGGUGCCCUUCUGGAAGCAGCAGAAGAGCUGUUGCGUUUGGGUGUAACACCAAGUGAAAUUGCUGAUGGUUAUGAGAAAGCUCUUGAGAAAUGCUUGGAAAUUCUUCCUGGACUUGUAUGUGAAGAAAUUAAAGAUUGCAAAAACAUUGAUGCGGUAACCAAAGGAAUCACUCCCUCAAUAAUGUCUAAGCAGUAUGGAUAUGAAGAUUUUAUAGCUUCACUGGUUGCAAAAGCAUGUAUCGCCAUCCUUCCUGAGAAAACUACAUUCAAUGUAGAUAAUGUGAGAAUAUGCAAGAUUCUGGGGUCAGGACUCUUGCAAUCCGAAGUCCUCUCAGGAAUGGUUUUCAAGCGUGAGGUUGAAGGUGAUGUCUCUUCUGCAACAAAUGCUAAAGUUGCAGUGUACUCCUGCCCAGUAGAUAUCACACAAACAGAAACUAAGGGAACAGUUUUGAUAAAAUCAGCUGAUGAACUUCUUAACUUCAGUAGAGGAGAAGAGUCUCAACUGGAGAAACAAAUUAAGGAUAUUGCUGAUGCUGGAGUUAAAGUUGUUGUUGCUGGUGCUAAAUUUGGAGAUAUGGCUUUACAUUUCUUAAACAAAUAUGGUGUAAUGGCUGUUCGUCUCAACUCUAAAUUUGACAUCCGCCGGCUUGCCAAGACUGUUAAUGCUACUGUGCUGCCAAGACUAACAACUCCCACUGCUGAAGAGUUGGGAUAUUGUGACUCCAUUGGUGUUGAAGAAUUAGGAGACACUCGUGUUGUUUGCUUCCGUAUGGAGAGCUCAGAAUCACGGAUCUCUACAGUUGUCAUCAGAGGAUCCACUGACAACUAUAUGGAUGAUAUUGAGAGAGCUAUUGAUGAUGGUGUCAAUACAUUCAAAGGAAUUGCUAGAGAUGGAAAAUUUUUACCUGGUGCCGGAGCCACAGAAAUUGAGUUGGCGGAACAACUCCUUCAGUACGCAGAUACACUGCCAGGUUUAGAACAGUAUGCAGUUCGGAAGUUUGCAGUAGCUUUGGAAAGCAUCCCUCGUGCCUUAGCAGAUAAUUCCGGAGCAAAUGCUACAGAAGUUGUAAAUAACAUCUACAAAGCCCACAAGGAGGGUAACAAAAAUGCAGGAUAUGACAUUGAAUCUGAAAACAAUGGUGUAUGUGAUGCUAAAGAAAAGAAUAUACUGGAUCUCUAUGUCCUGAAGUAUUGGGGUCUCAAAUAUGCUGUUGGUGCAGCUGCAACUAUCCUUAAAGUCGACCAAAUCAUUAUGGCUAAGAGAGCAGGAGGACCAAAACCAAAAGCACCAGCUGGAAGUGAUGAUGAAUCUUAAUUUUUAAUGCAAUAGAUCGCAAAUAAUAUUAACUCGCAA